GUCACGGAACCUGCACUGAGGUGGCUGUCGUUAGCACAGAUGCCUUUGCGACUAUUUGCCCUUCUAAUCUUGGUUUGUAACAGUUUUAUGUUGAGUUCGACAACAAGAAAACCAAGAGCUGCGAAAGACAACCCUCAGGACUGCAAGAACUGUCUUGAGUGCUCCAAGGAAAAUGGCUGCCUGCGCUGUCCAGAGAAGCUCUUCCUGUUCCUGGAGAGGCGGGGCAUGAGUCACCAUGGCUCCUGUCUCCACUCCUGCCCAGCAGGCCACUUCGGCAUGCGUGGGAAGGACAUGAACCGCUGCAUGAAAUGCAAAGCACAGGAGUGCGAGGGAUGCUUCAGCAAAGACUUCUGCACUAAAUGCAAAGCUGGAUUUCAGCUGUUCAAAGGCAAGUGCUUCAGCAACUGUCCCGAAGGCACUUUCCCACACCUAACAGAUUGCAUUGAGGGUUGCUUGUUCAGCCCCUUCGGGUACUGGGGCGAGUGGAGUCUCUGUCAGCACAACGGACUGAGCUGCGGGGUCCGAUGGGGCCAUCAAACGAGGACCCGUGUGCUGUCCUGGAAAGUGCCUGAAGAGCUGUCCUCACUCUGCCCCCCCUCCAAGGAGAGCAGGAGGUGUCGCAUGAAGAAGAGGUGUCCUAAAGACAAAAGAGAGAGUGGGAGAAGGGGUGAGAGGAAGAAGGCACAGAAACACCUGAGGCGUCCAAGUAACAGAACAACAACAGAAGUCCCGUGGAGUACUCGAACACACCCCAGAUGAGCACCCCCCUGUCACGUGGAGAACUCGAACACACCCCAGAUGAUUCCCCUCUGAACCAGCCCAAGACAAAAUGAACCGAGGGGCACCCACUUCUUGCACAGUAAAGUUUGCCUGUAGUAUAAACACUCAGCGCUGCCAGCGCUGAGAAGGCUGUUGGGAACUGCAUUCUGACAUGGGAUUUUAGCUUUAUGAAAAAAUGAUAUAUAUAUUGAUUUGUCUUGAAUAUUUGUUAUAUAUGUUUAAAUGUGAGUGAAUGUGUUCAUAACAGGAACACUGUGUUAAAGUUCAGAAAAGGGGGUUUGCCGCUAAAUAUAAUUGCAGCUCAAUAAUGUUUUGGUCAGAAAUAGCUAGAUUAAAGACUAUGAAAACUUUUAGAAUUACAGCACAUGAUAUACAUUAUGUAAUUAAAAUACAUACUUUUUAUUUUUCUACUUACUGGCACAUAUUAACAUGUAAUUGCGUACUGCUUAAUGACAAUUUGGGAAUACCUACCCCAAAUGCACUUUUGUCAGAAAAUAUAAAGCAUUCAUAUAUUGUAGAUAUGCGUCUGUAAAACUAUGCUGACAUGUGUACCGAUAUGACAUUGCACUCAUUUGAUGAAGAACAGACAACAUCUUAAACUCCUCAUAAUGUGGUUUCAGUUGUAUCUCAGUAUCUUCUCGUCUUUGGCAGCACCCUUGGGUUCUGUUCUUUUGUCAUUGACCACAGUAUUUUUUCCUUGAUGUGCAAGUUCUUCAUGAAAAUGACAUUAUGGUUGAAAUGUAUAAAAAAAAAGCAGUUCUAUUAUUCCUACUCAAGAAUUUAAGUAUUUGCAACCCAUUCUGAGGUGGAUUUUUUUAGUUGCCCUAAGAUAUAACCCAGCUCUGUCGAAAUGUGGCAUGGAGUCUUAUGUGCACUCAGAAUGGUCUCCGUUAGAUUAUAUGGUAUGCUCAUUAGAGUUCUUUUUUCAUUUUAAUUAUUUACUUUUUGCUGAAGAAUUUAAAUUAGAAUUGAGCAGUUGUGACACUUCAAGAUACUUCCAUUCCAGAACAUUUUUGUAAGGAAUAUUCCAUUUGUGUGUGAUCAACCAAAACAAAUCCAUGACCAGACGUAGAACAAAAUAAUAUUAGAGAUAAUUACUGUUUAUUUUAUUAUUGUUUAUUAUAGGCUGAAGUCUGCAGAAGAUGACACUGAAACAGAAUAUUAAUUGCAGUAUACCCUCCAUUGUACUGUAAUAUGUUUAAAAAAAUACAGUCAUUCACCUUGAGAAUUCUAUAGAGGUAUUGUUCAAACAAUUGAUUUUACAUGUACAUUUACAUGUAUUCAUUUAGCAGACACUGUUGUCCAAAGUGACUUACAUAUGUCAACUAUAU